UGGCCUCCGCUCCGCCUUGACGACGGCGGCUCGGCGCGGUGGGUCCCAGACCUGCCUGUGAGCGAUGCUGAAGGCCAAGAUCCUCUUCGUGGGGCCCUGCGAGCCUGCCCCUCUCCGUGCCUUCCUUUGCACAGAGUGGCAAGACGGUGCUGGCCAACUUCCUGACGGAGUCUUCGGAUAUCCCUGAGUACAACCCCACCCAAGGCGUGCGGAUCCUGGAAUUCGAGAACCCAGAUGUCAUCACUAACAGCAAAGGCGCCGGCUGUGAAUUCGAGCUCUGGGAUUGUGGCGGAGACCCCAAAUUCGAGUCGUGCUGGCCGGCCCUCAUGAAGGAUGCGCAGGGCGUGGUGAUCGUCUUCAAUGCCGACAUCCCCAGCCACCUGAAGGAAAUCGAGAUGUGGUACUCGAACUUCGUGCAGCAGCAGCUCCUGCAGGACAGCCAGUGCCUGCUCAUCGCGCACCACAAGCCGGGCUCGGGCGGGGACAAGGGCAGCCCGCCUCUGGCACCACCCUUGAACAAGUUGAAGCUGGUGCACUCCAACCUGGAGGAUGACCCGGAAGAGAUCCGGAUAGAAUUCGUCACGUAUUUAAAAAGCGUCAUCAACUCCGUGUCCGAGAGCCGAGACCGGGAGGAGAUGUCCAUCAUGACCUAGCUGGCCUCUCGGGGUGCCUCCAGGUCCCCGGAGUGAGAGCUUAGGCCCGGCAGAGCCCACACACUGCCCAGAGCAUGGGCUGCUGUCUGCCGGGCCGCCCUGUGGACUGUCCGUGCCCGCCGGAGGGUGCCAGGCUGCUGCCACCUUUGGCGGGCUCUAUGCUGUCUGGGUGCCACCCACCUGCCCCAGACCUCUCCAGAGCUUUCUCUGCACCCGUAUCAUCAUAAACACCAUGGAAUUGGGCCAAAGAGACAGUGCAGUGGGCAGAGGGCUCCCUUGCAAGGCACCCUACCUGGGUCGGAUCCCUGUUGGGUCCCCAAGCCCCACCAGGAGUGACCCCUGAGCACCACCGGGUAUGGCCUCCAAAAAGAAGAAAGAAAAACUGUGGAAUUGUAGUGGCCACAGCCCAGGACUGCAGCAGUAUUUUAAUACAUAAUUAUCAGUUUGAGUAUA